AGAGAGAGAGGAAGGAAGGAAGGAAGGAAGCGAGGGAGUGAGGAUCCGAUUGGGAACUCGAGGGACCUGCAGGGACGCAGCAGAGCAUGGACGAGCACGAGCACGAGCAUUGAUCGACCAUCGUAGAAAUGGGCUAGGCUCGGGAUUUCGCGUUGAUUCGCUGCAGACUGCGCGAGCGUUUCUGUUCGAGGGGGCAGGAGCCAUGGCUCCCAAAGUGAAGGGCAAGCCGAAGCCAUCAGCAGGAGGAGGAGGAGCAGCAGCAGCAGCAGCGCCAGGGAAAGUUGCAGCGAAAGGUGGACCUGAGAAAAUUGCCGGAGCAGGACCUGGAGCUGGAGCUCCCGUCGGCCCGUCGCUCGAUGAUUUGUUCAAGUCGUUGGAUCGGCACGUGAAGAACAAUGAUUAUAAGCAAGUUUUGAAAUUGACCGAUGACAUUCUGAAAUUGUCUCAAGGCGAUAAGGACGCCGUCGAGUGCAAGGUUGUGGCGCUCAUUCAGCUCGAUGAAUUCGAUCAAGCGUUGUCCGUCAUCGAAUCUGCUCCCGGUCUCGACCUUGUCUUCCAGAAGGCUUACUGCCUGUAUAAGCGCAACCGGCUUCAGGAAGCUCUGGCAGCAUUACAGAAUGCCGAGAAGAAUGCUUCCGUGCUGCAACUUGAGGCACAGAUACAGUUCAAGUUGGGGAAUUUUUCCGCUUGCAUUGGUGACUACGAAAAGCUUCUGCAAAAGCAGCAGAAGAUUGAGUCUGAUGAAGUGAAGAGCAAUGUGAUCGCUGCAUAUGUAUCGGGAGGAAGGUCACAGGAAGUACCAGCUGUCAUGGACGCAAUGAAGGUAUCAGCUAGAAACAAUUUCAACCUGGCCUACAAUGCCGCAUGUGCUCUGACCGAGAGGGGAGAUUAUGGGAAAGCUGAAGAACAUCUACUCCUUGCUCGCCGAAUAGGCCAAGAAGCAUUGAUCGAAGAAGAAUUUCUUGAAGAGGACAUUGAAGACGAACUUGCUCCCAUAACUGUACAGCUUGCCUAUGUACAACAGAUGCAAGGUCGUGCUGCAGAGGCCCUUGAAAGCUACAACGCGUUUUUGAAGAAGAAGCCUCAAGACGAGUCGUCUAUAGCAGUCGCUUCAAAUAACCUGAUAGCUUUGAGAGGUGCAAGAGAUCUGUUUGAUGCCUUAAAGAAGUUUGAUAAGUUGUUCGAGAAGAGAUCUGGUGGGCAGAAGAUGCAGUUCACUGAGAAGCUUGAGAGUAGAUUGUCCGCAAGACAGAAGGAAGCCAUCAGUUUUAACAGAAUGUUGUUGCUUCUGCACUCAAACAAGCUGGAUCAGGUACGGGAACUGCUUCCGUUCUUCCUGGAUACUUUUUUGGACAGUGAAGUUCCGACUCUGCUUUCAGCAUCGUUAGCUAUAAAGGAGGGGAAGUCUGGUCGUGCUGAGGAUAUCCUCAAUCAAUAUGCUAUUAAGCAUCCUAAGAAUUCCACCGCAGCAUAUCUAGCAUGUGCGCAGGUGGCAGCAAGUUCAGGAAACUAUGCUCGUGCUGCAGAUUGCCUCGAGAAAAUUGUAGACUUGCAACACAAGUUGGGUAUGGUGGCAACACUGGUAGCCCUGAGGGAACGAGCAGGAAAUCUGAAGGCAGCCGAGGCUGUUCUAGACGCGGCUGUGCUGUGGUGGGACAACCACAUGUGUGAUGACCCUGCAGUCGUGGAGCACUUGACACAACAAGCAGCUGCUUUCAAGUUGAAGCACAAUAAACUGGAAGAGGCAGCCAACCUUUUCCAACGUCUUACCAAGAGUUCAUCGUCCGUGGUGCGAGCUGAGGCACUGAACGGACUCGUCUGCAGCACGGCUUACGCCGAUCCAGCCAAAGCCGAGUCGUACGAGAAAAAGCUCCCCCCAUUGCCAGGCCUGAAGAACAUAGAUGUAGAAGCGUUGGAGAGAGCUGCUCCUGUUACGUCUAGUACAAAGCGAGCGCGAGGUGUAGACGAUAGUGACAAGAAGGUAGGUGACGAGAAAAGUGAGAAGGCCAGGCCGAAGAAAAAGCGCAAGAGAAAACCUUUGUACCCCAAGAAUUUUGACCCUGCGAAUCCAGGACCCCCUCCGGAUCCCGAAAGGUGGUUACCGAAGCGUGAGAGGUCUAGUUUUAGGCCGAAGAAGAGCAAUAAGAGAGUUGUGCCUAUCCGAGGGGCUCAAGGAGCUGCAGCAAACGCACCCUCUCACACUACGGCCUCAGGUGCCACGAGAUCAGGACCUGCCGCCCCAGUCGCUAGUGCUGCUAAGCCUGCUCCUGAACCACCGAAGCCAACCUCGAGUAGUAGUCAAAAACACAAGAAGAAGGGCCGCAGGUAGUGCGAUACCCUUGACCGUCGGACAUCAUUAGCGAGUUUGUCAUCCUGACUGAAAACGGAUGCGGGAUAGUAAUGUCGAACAUUUUUUGUGAAUGAAGAUACUCAAACUACUAACACGAGCUGAAAUAAAAAAUUCUUUGAAGGCGGACGAAGUGGCCU